CAUGUGCUGUGUGGUGAGCUCAGGUGUAGGCUGCUCACCUCAGAGUCUUUCCCAUGCUGUGGCCCUCCAGGUGUGUUAGGAAAUGAUCUGGGCUUGGGAGUUCUGGGUCAGGGUACAAAGAAAUUGCUGUCUUUUCAUUGUUUACAGAUGGGCCGUGCCUGUAAGUCUGAGUUGGAGUCUCCUAUCAAGUCAGAGGACAGUGAUUUCCAGUCUAUUCCCGACUGGGAUUCAAGCUCAGAUGUGGAUGUGAGGAGCUGGAGAACUACUGAAGAGGUAACCCAGAUGUUGGAAUCUUUCUGCAUUAGCAGCACAGAGUCAUCACAGACUCUGUGGGAUUAUUGUGGCUCAGAGAAGCAGAGUGAUGAGGAAGAAGUGGGGUGCCAGGAAAAGACCACAGGAACAGGAGUGUCAGGAGCAGAGGAAAGUCAACUGCACAUCUUGGCACAAGAUGAGAAAGAACACUUCCUGGGAAGAGAGGGCAAGAGUCAAGAGCUACCUGGAGAACCACCUUUAGAUGAGCUGCAUCCACCAGAGAUGAGUGCUCAGGCCCUGGAUCAAGGUGACAAUGAUGGCACCUCUGCAUCCGCAGUGCUGGACUCCACAGGCUCUCCCAACAUGAACCUGCUGCAGCCAAGCUGGAAUAACCCCCUCCAGCACCUGAUCCUCAAAAAAAAGCUCAUGUCCGUCUGGAGGAUGAUAGCCAGCCACAGGUUCAGCAGCCCGUUCCUGAAGCCAGUGUCAGAGAAACAAGCCCCUGGAUACAAGGAUGUGGUAAAGAGCACUGCUAUUUUUGCUGGUGGCACCAUUCGAUCUUCAGGGGAUUUAAUAGAUACCUAUUUUAGUAACUUUUCUUUCUCCACUAAGACCUGGACUGACUUCCUGAAGACUAAUUACUGCUUGCCUUCUCUGGAGCUCAGCAUCCCAUUUUUUCCAGAGGUGACUGCUAAUGACCUGCCAAGUUGAUUGGAUAGCAAGUGUCACAUUGGCUGAACUCGCUUUUGUCUGGCUUGGAAGAAAAGCCUUUCUUACUCCUCCCUGUGUGUCCUGAGCAAUAAAAUUGAUUGAAAAUA